CUCCUCUCACUUAGCACAACAUGACGGAGAAAGGAACGUGACGGUCUGACAUGUAUAGUAAUGAUAUCUCGUAGUAAGUUUGAGAGAAUAUGUCAACACUGAAGAAAUUUUCCUCUACUGCUAGGAACAAAAAGAUUUCAGUGUCAAGCCCUGCUCGCAAAUCAAGCGAAGGAGUUGUUGGGGAUCAUUUUUCUCAGGCUAGAAUCAAGGAGGUGAGCUUGUCGUAAACACUUUGGCUUUGAACAGUGAUCUUUCAAGCAGCAAGCUCACUAAAGUUAGGUUUUAUACAUUUAAAAACCAUAUCGGUCGCGAAAUUUGUUAAGUGCUAAAUUACUUACGAAGAAGGUUAAUGUAAACAGUUUGUAAAAAGAACUCGGUAAAACUUGCGAUGAAUUUUACCGACUUUUUUACAAUACACAACAAUUUAUUUCAUCAUUUUCGUGUUUCUCUUUACAACAGUAAGUUGAAGUAAGAGGCUUAAAUGGCCCAUGGUCCAUCAUAUAACAAAUCACUUAUUUUAUUAAACCCUUAGUUACCUAAUAUGAAAAGGACAUGAACUCCUAAAGGACAAAGUAAUCUAACAACUCUGUCACUUAAAUGUCACACAUUCCCUUGUAGAAAAAUCAAAAGAAAUUAGUGUAACAUCAAGAUAGCACUCCACAGCUGAUAACCUGUUUAUUCCCCUAACCUUUUUGGUCAAUUAUGCUCAGAAGCAACAAAGAGAAUUCACUUUAUGAUCAUCUUUUUUUGGAGUUUAAAGUUUAUCUCUAGUACAGCAUUGGCAUCAAGUACCAGGUUUGAUCAUGCUUGCCUUGAAUUCAGCAAGAGAAGAAUCCUCAGUCUUUUUAACCCUUUAACCCCCAGAUCAAAUUUGUCAUUCUCCUUACUGUCAACCAUACAAUCCUUAUAAUGUUAGUUCAGAGAAUUUAGUAUUGGAUCAACUAAUUAUACCCAAAUUGAUAUUUUUCUUUUUUCUCAUCACUUAUCUGGUUAAAAUUGCAUUGAUAUUGUAUGGAGAAAUUCUGUCUUGGUCACUCAUGGGAAUUAAAGGGUUAAAGAUCUGGAGGUGGCUGUAAAGUUAAAAGAAUUAACAAGAUGUUACUGCAACCAUACUAUCCAUUUGAAAUUAUCACAACUGGAGCUCAUUACCAAAGGGAAAGUACAUUUUGCCCUCAACAAGGAGCUUUAAUUUUAUGCAGUUUCUCUUUGCCCUUUAUUUAAUCCCCAUGAAUGAUCAAGACAAAAUUUCUCCUUGGGAAAUCAAUACAAUAUUAACCAGAUAAGUAAUGAGCACUCUAUAAGAAUUUUAUGUCACACAGUAAGGAGAAUUACUGAGGAGAUCUUGAGAGUGAAAGGGUCAAAGUGGUGGUCUCUCUCAUCUAAUCCAUGUGACAGCCAAACAGGCAUGUCCUGGACUAUGAAAUCUCAUUCAUAUGAAAUGAGCAUCAUAAACUUCAUGAUUUAUUGAUUUUUUUAAAAUUAAUCUAUUGCACGAUAAUUUAAAUAUUUCAAUAUCAGUUAUAUAAAUCAUAUGGCCUCUGAUUAAAAAACAUGCUUAUAAAACUGCGUCUUUACUUUCAAAUGUGAGAGAUCUAUUUCCUAGCUAAAGAUUCUUGGAGGUCAAUCCAGUGACAGAUUGUUUUACUCAGUAUGAGUUCCAUGUUCUUAGCACAGUAUUUUGCAUUUUUAAUAAUAGUAUACAGUAUUUAUAGCAUUUUUCCCAAUGAAAAAAAGAGGAUUAAUAUACAAAAAAUCAAAAUAAACCUACAAAACUAGAUUGUCAUUCUAUAAAUGAGGAAGAGGAUUUUUCAAAACAACAUUUUAACAUUUUUCCAUAAGCAGCAGUAAUAUGUGACUGUGCCCAGAAUGGAGUUGCCAGGCCACCUUCUUUCAAAAGGGGGGUUUGGUGGCAUGCUCCCCUUAAAAAAAGUUUGAAAUUUAGACACUUAGAAAUGUAACUUCCAGCAUUUUACUUGACUAAACAGCAUGAAAAAAUACCUGUAUUUAUUACCCACUUGUUCUUAUGGCUAAAUACAUAUUUUUAUUUAGUGCUCAACCAGCUUUGUAUGUAUUUAUACCAUUUCAGCUUGAGCAGCAAGUUUCAGAUCUUAAGAAGCGCCUAGAUGAACUACGCAAAGCAAAAAACACUACCGUCAUUAAAAAGGACAAAGAAUAUGUAACCACAGGAACACCAAAAGCCUCUUCCAUAAAUGCUUCUACAGGAUCACCAGGUCUCGCUGAUUACCAUAAGGAGAGGGUAACUUCAUCUGACACAUGUGCAGUACCUCAAAAUAAGCUCCAAGAGGAGGAUGUUAGAAUAUUACAGAAAAAUAUCGCCUCUUUGAAAGAACUUCACAAAGCUGAGCUCGAGGAACUGAGAAAAGAAGUAGAGAAGCAGGUAUGGGUGUUUACAUUUAGAAUCAUUCUGAACAAUAUUUGCGAUUCUUGCAGAUUUUCCUGAUUUCCUCACAUCGAGAUAAGCAGUCAGUUUCCACUAGAAUUUAACAAGAUUUUUUUAUUUGAUCAGCAAAAACUUUAUAUCUUUCUUUUGAAAAGUGUUACGUCUAACGUAGUAGCAUCCUUUGUACUCUUCGGAGUUACCUACAUUAUAUGCUAUUGCGCACAUCUCCUCCUUAGUAAAAUUAACAAUACGCAAGGUAGCCAUUUUGAAAUAUCCUUGCUUUAAUCCUCUCGCGUGAGUGGAUUAUAGCGAGAAAUGACUCAAUCCUCAACCAAUCAGAAUGCGAGAAUCUCUAUAAUCAACUGAGCAAUUGAACCAAGAACAAGGUUAUUCGUCGUUUGAAAUACGCGCACAUUUUAUUAACAGGCCAGACAGUCAGACUCAAACAUGGCAGCUGAACUCGAAAAACUCAAACAGGAAAAUGAGGAACUUAAGGAAGAAAAUGGAUUGUUGCGUACCAGGGAAACAGGACUUCAACUGCAGGUUGAUAAUUUGUUAGAAGAACUAAGCAGGAAAGAAGCAGAAUGGUGUUCGAAAGAGGAAAAGCUCAUGUUAGAGGUACCUAUCAUUUUGGCACAGAGCAGUUUUCAAUUGAAUGUGGAAACUAAGUAAACCGAGAUUGCAUUGGCUUUCCUUACUUCGCUCUGUGAUUGGUCCAGAAAAUUCGCGCCACUUUCUCAACCAAUCAGGUGAAAAACCAAAACCAAUCACGACUUGGUCGCCCGCGUUUUCCCGCGCUUUAAGCUGUUUGCUUAGUUUUACUUUGAGUUUUCAUUGCCUAAUAAUAAUGUUAACAACGGCAGUCUUUUUUUUUUGUGAUUAAAUUGGUUUAAAAACUUGCGCUGGUCUCUCAGCCAAUUGAAGCAAAUCGUGUCUUGGUACCCGCGUUUCGGGCAUCAAAAUUUCUUCAUCUGACCAACACUGAGGAAUAUUGCAUUUGUUUUGCGUGUAGAUAAAGACUUCUUGGGGUGAAAAGUACCAACAAUGGAUGGCUCAGACAGAACAGAAGAUUGAAGAACUGCAGGCAGCCAACGAUUUUCUGUAA